CGUUUGCAUACCUUCAACAGCGUGGCACAUCGUGGUCUCUAUAUGGCAUCCCGUGUCAAGCUAAUGCGCAUAUAUGCGCCUAGAUUAAGCUAGACUAUCACGAUUUGCGGUGGGGUUCGCUCCCGUGCAUCGGGAGCAGUUGUAGUGACGCCGUCGUGCCCGUCGUAAACGUUAUUGAUGAAUGAACUAGGUUGCCAUACUACUCAGGGGAUGAAAGCGCCGCGGGAAGUCAAAUACGUGUCGUUUCGACCACAAACGAAGGAUCAUCACUGCCAAAUUGACUCCAGUUGUAUCAGCGGUUGCCCGUAUCUUGGGGUCACCCACACCUUAACAACAAAGGUGCUGCGCUCCAUCGAGUAUAUUCUAUGCCGCAAAUGGAGGCAAUGUGUCCAUGUACCUCCGCAAAAUUUCAACGCGGGAGAGGCAACUACUCCUGUCGUAGAGAGUCCUACGAAAACGCGAAGGCACAUGGAAGCGUCUGGACUCAGCAGACCAUCUCUUGCUUGGCCGUGUCCGAGCGCACUCAAGUCAGGCCCUCGUAUUGCCUUACGACACGCAGGCAGGUCACCUUCUGGUACGAAUCCGGAGUUGUGCCGAGGUCAUUAGUCGUGUGGGCACGGUGGGGCCUGACGGCGAAACGUUGCAGCCGUGCUACUCCACAGGUGACCACGGUUUAUACCCCGGAAAUCUUUUUUGGCAGCACGCGGGGGCGAAGCAUGGAGCAACGUUUUAUGU